GGGACGGGGACGGGCGGCGGCGGCUGCGGGAGCGGCGCUGUGACCGCGGGGGGCACCGGCCCCCCCUCGCCCCCCGCCAUGGCUCAGACGUUGCAGAUGGAGAUCCCCAACUUCGGCAACAGCAUCCUGGAGUGCCUCAACGAGCAGCGGCUGCAGGGCUUGUACUGCGACGUCUCAGUGGUGGUGAAGGGUCACGCCUUCAAAGCCCACCGUGCCGUUUUGGCUGCCAGCAGCUCCUAUUUCCGGGACCUUUUCAACAGCAGCAAAAGCUCGGUGGUGGAACUGCCUGCCGCCGUUCAGCCCCAAUCCUUCCAGCAGAUCCUCAGCUUCUGUUACACCGGGAGGCUCAGCAUGAACGUGGGCGAUCAGUUCCUGCUGAUGUACACCGCGGGCUUCCUGCAGAUCCAGGAGAUCAUGGAGAAGGGGACCGAGUUCUUCCUGAAGGUCAGCUCACCCAGCUGCGACUCGCAGGGGUUGCACGGGGAGGAAGCACCGUCCUCAGAGCCACAGAGCCCCGUAGCUCAGACCUCCUCGUGGUCCUCCGGCGGGGCGGCCGCCGCUCUGCCGUUGGUAUCGAGGGUGAAAACGGAGCAGGGAGAACCCGACGGGGUGCAAUGCACCAUUGUGGUCAAACGGCUGUGGGACGGCGGCUCCAAGGACGGGGGGAACGGCAGCAGGAAGAUGGCCAAGUUCUCCACCCCGAAAAGCGGGAGGCAGCAGCAGCAGCAGCAGCAGCAGGGAGCGGGGAUGGCAGCCAGCACUGCAGACCAAACCAGCCCUGGUGGAACCUCCAGCGCCUACACCAGCGACAGCCCCGGAUCCUUCCACAACGAGGAGGAUGAGGAGGAGGACGGAGGGGAGGAAGGCUCGGAUGAGCAGUACCGCCAGAUCUGCAAUAUGUACGCCAUGUACAGCAUGAUGAACGUGGGGCAGGCAGGUGAGGCCCCGCCCACCUGGGGGCGUGGUUACGGGAGGCCACGCCCUUUGGGUGGGGUCAAGAUAAAGCACCGCCCACUGUGUGUCUGGGACGGUCCGUUGGCUGUGUGACCGCGCCCAUUGGGAGGGGCCAAACCAAAGCCCCACCCACUGAGAGUCAUCAGAGAGAUCCCAUUGGCUGUAGGUGGCCACGCCCACUGGGUGUUGUCACUGAGGCCAUUGGCUGGGUGGAGCCAACCCAGAAGCUCCGCCCAUUGGGUGGGGACUAUCUAAAGCUCCGCCCACUUGGUGGUGUUGGAGCUGGGGUCUGCUGGCUGCGUGGCCACGCCCAUUGGGAGGGGCCAACCCGAAGCUCCACCCACUGGAUGUCCUCAGGGGGGCCCUAUUGGCUGUGGGUGGCCACGCCCACUGGGUGGGGCUAAAAGCAGGAAGCUCCACCCACUGAAUGUUGUCAAUGGAGCCCAUCGGCUGGGGUGGGGCCAACCCGGAAGCCCCGCCCACUGUGUGUGGAGCACCCAAUGGAUGUGUGCGGCCACGCCCACUGGGUGGAGCUGAAUUUCCAAAGCUCCGCCCACUGGGUGGGGCUAACCCCCAAGCUCCGCCCGCUAAGUGUCAUCUAGGGUUGUUCCAAUUGGCUGUAAUUAGCCACGCCCAUGGGGUGGGACCUGGGUAAAGCUCCGCCCUCUGCGUGUCAGCCACGGGGCUGUUGGCAGUUGGGGGCGUGGUCAAGUGAAGGCCACGCCCACCGCGUGUGAUUGGUGGGAUGUGUCCACUGGGCGUGGUCACUGUGAGGCUCCGCCCAGUGGGCGUGGUCAAUGGGGGGGCAGCGGGGUCAUAGUGGGGCUGUGGGCAAUUGGGGUCUUUGGGGGGGGGCAGUGGGGUUUCACCUGGGUGUGGCUUUGUGGGCGGAGCCUGAUGAAGCCCCUCCUCCACGUGGGCGUGGCCUGGCGAAGCCCCUCCCCCAUGGUGUGAAUAUGGGGCUGUGACCAUUGCUGUCUGUCCUUCACGUUCCCCAUUCUAACACAUCUUCUGCCCCCCCCUCUUCUGUUCCAUGCCCCCAUCACGGGACCCCCA